AUGAGCGGCCUUCACAUCACCGACAGGAACCUGACCAUCAUUCUCGCCUCGGUAAUUCCAGGAGUUGCGGCUCUCAUACUAGGCGUCGUGGUAUGCUACAAGAUUCAGAGGCGCAGGGCACGUUUCUUCCGCAGAGGCAUUACUCCCAUUGGCGAGGAAGAAAUUCAGUCUUGGAAAGUCGACAAAGAGGAUGAACAGUCCGAUGUUCUCGAGCAAGGGCAAUCCCAUCAACACAGCAAUUCAGUCUCGUCCAACAAAUCCGCGAGCAUCGUCGUCUAUCAUAACACGCCGCCGUCUCGGUUCUCCGAGGAUCAGCAAUUACACCCGAUCUCACCUUCCUGCAUCAGCGUCGAUAGUCCUACCACACCGGUGGUCGCUCGCGCGCCCAACGCUCGACCUGGAUUGACUGACGACACUAUUCCGGGAGAUGAUGCUUUCAUUCUUCAGCCCAAACGACAGACACGCCCUGUCAAGCACCCACCAGUGUCGGGCACGGUCCGCCACAACCGUGCUUGGAGCACACGAUCACUUUCCCGCGGGCUCUCGCAUGACUACUGGUAUCGUGGUGAGCCAGACGCCACGCCGCCACGCCGCUCUACCGAGACCUUUACUCGAAAUCGAAGCCGAUCCAUGCACCAGGCCUCAAAAAACAGCAUUGCCUACUCAACCCCUAUCAAGCCGCCAAGAGCAUCCUUUGACGAUGAGAUGUUUCUUGGUGGGCUUUCACCACGACCACCGGUCCACAAGUCUGAAAUUGGACGAGCCAUUGGCUGA